GGCACGUUGCGUACCUCCCUCCCAGCAACUGGCCUGGCGGCAACGCGGCCUUAAACCAAGGAGGCGGAGCUGAGAUUGGGUCGAGACUGCUUGUUAACUCCAGGACCAGGUUUAAAUUUUUGAAAUUGAAGUAGGUCUACACGUUAGGAACUCAUGUCUUUUCUUACCAAUGAGGCGAGCGCAGAGUCGAUAGCAUCCUUUUCUAAACAGGAGAUCAUGAGUAGCUUUCUGCCGGAGGGAGGGUGUUAUGAGCUACUCACCGUUAUAGGCAAAGGAUUUGAGGACCUGAUGACAGUGAACCUAGCAAGGUACAAACCAGCGGGAGAGUAUGUGACAGUACGAAGGAUUAACCUAGAAGCUUGUUCCAAUGAGAUGGUGACGUUCUUGCAGGGGGAGCUCCAUGUCUCUAAGCUCUUCAGCCAUCCCAAUAUCCUGCCAUAUCGAGCCACCUUUAUUGCAGACAAUGAGCUGUGGGUUGUCACAUCAUUCAUGGCAUACGGCUCUGCAAAGGACCUCAUCUGCACACACUUCAUGGACGGCAUGAAUGAGCUGGCGAUUGCUUACAUACUGCAGGGGGUGCUCAAGGCCCUGGACUACAUCCACCACAUGGGAUACGUGCACAGGAGUGUCAAAGCCAGCCACGUUCUGAUCUCAGCGGAUGGGAAGGUCUACCUGUCUGGUUUACGCAGCAACCUCAGCAUGAUCAGCCACGGGCAGCGGCAGCGUGUGGUCCACGACUUUCCCAAGUACAGUAUCAAGGUUCUGCCGUGGCUCAGCCCAGAGGUCCUCCAGCAGAAUCUUCAGGGUUAUGAUGCCAAGUCUGACAUCUACAGUGUGGGAAUCACGGCCUGUGAACUAGCCAAUGGCCACGUCCCCUUUAAGGAUAUGCCUGCCACCCAGAUGCUGCUGGAGAAGCUGAACGGCACCGUACCCUGCCUGCUGGACACCAGCACUAUCCCUGCCGAGGAGCUGACUAUGAGCACCUCGCGCUCAGCGGCCAACUCUGGCCUGAGUGAGAGCCUGGCCCCCAGCCCCCCCAGGACCUCCAAUGGCGACACGCCAUCCCACCCGUAUCACCGCACCUUCUCACCCCACUUCCACCACUUUGUGGAGCAGUGCCUUCAGCGCAACCCGGAUGUAAGACCAAGUGCCAGCACCCUCCUGAACCAUUCUUUCUUCAAGCAGAUCAAGCGACGUGCCUCAGAGGCUCUGCCUGAGUUACUUCGUCCUGUCACCCCCAUCACCAGUUUUGAAGGCAGCCAGUCUCAGGAUCACAGUGCAAUCCUUGGCCUGGUAACAAACCUGGAAGAGCUGGAGGUGGACGACUGGGAGUUCUGAGCCUCUGAAGAAGGUGCACAUUCUCCAUCCUGGGCUGCGUGAGCCUCCAGGGCCCUUCCUGAGGGCUGGCUGCACUCCCACCCUCCUGGGGGCAGAUUGAGCAGAAAGGACAUUUCUGCCAGGAGUGUUGGCUGCUUACUCACUGGGAAAGAAAUUCCUGGAAGGAAACUUUUUUUUUUUUUUUUUAACUGCUCCAAAGGCUUUUGAGACACAAGGGAAUCCCAAAAACCAGGGAUCGGGAGGGGCCGGAAAGCUGACGCUCCCAGUCCUGUGAGCUCAGGUGACCUGACCUCUUCAGAAGGAAUAGAUGCCGUUCUGGCUGUGGCGGCUGAAGUCCAAAGCCAGGGUUUGACUCACCCACCCAGGGAACUGUGCGACUUCUCCCCUCUCUGGCUCUCCUACCAGCCCAGGUGCGUCCUCCUUCCCUGCUCUCAGAUCCUAUAGGUCCAGAGGGGCAAAGCAAUAAGACUCCCCUCCCCUCGGACCUCUCCCUAAUAACUGAAGGCAAGGGUAUUGUUUCUUUAUAAGCACUAGCUUAAGGCUAGGGCAAUCCGUCCUCCUCCCCCUCUUUGCUUGGGCCCUUGGUUCAUCCCUGAAACCUUCCCUUGGUUCAUCUUUGUAGCUCAUUCCUUUCCCACGAAGAGUCCAUCUUACCGACUCCUGCCGGCCGCCUUGGUGCUUCCUCCAAGGGCCAUAAUGUUUUGCUUAACCUGAGGGCCUGAGUCCUUAUGCCGUGUUAGUUUCAUUGCCAGAACAAAUUAAAAGUUCCAGAGAA